AUGUAUACUGGCGAGCGGUUCUGUCGAGCUGCCGGCUGCCUAAACGAUGUGAGUGAUGUUUCUGAAUUCCAUUUCACCAAGGGCCUGCGCAAACAUUACAAAAAGUAUCAUCCGGCCAUUUAUGAUGCAUUGGACGAUGUUGGUAACCGCGGUGGAAGAGCAACACUCGAACUCCGAGCUCAUGCUAUGAGAUGGUAUGAUAAAAUCAUCGAUGAUUGUGACAAGCGCGAGGCUGCUAUGCUGCAACCCCAUCAAAAUCACCCGUCAACGGGGAACGAGCAGACUGAGAACAAUCACUCGUCAACAGCUCUUGCCCAUGCUAGUCGUGUUCACUCCAUACAGUCAAGUCGGAACGUCACCCCUCUCAAGAGACGGUAUCCAGACAGCGAAAGUGAAAUUCUGAGCCCCUUGACAGAGAUAGUAGAGCCAGAACGCAAUACUCUUGUCUCUGUCAAUCGCGAAGUUCCAGAAUCGACCCACACAAACCUUGCAGGACCGUCUCGUGAGCAGCAAUGGAAUUCGAGCUCGACCAUGUCUCUUGUGACGGGGGCAUUCCAUAUCCACAAUACCAACACCCCCGAUACCUCAAUGACGGAUGCUUUUCCCGGAGGUCAGACGAAUCCAGCGCAGUCGGGUGCAAGACCUUCGCAAAAUCGACACCCUCUAGCCGCCCAAUCUCCUUUGGUUGAACUCAUCUCGAUUUUACCCUCAUUCGAGGUAUCAUCUUUGCUUGUGGAUACUUACUUCGACCGAGCACAUUGGUUCAUGCUUAUCUUCCAUCAAGAUGAUUUCCGCAAGAGAUGGCAACAGCUGUACCAAAAUCUCACGGAAAGGUCCACCGGGACUAAUUUCAAUCUUGACUUCACUAGCACACUGUUGAUGGCCAUUGUGAUUGGGUUACAAUACGUGGGUCCUCACCGAAGGGAACUUCUGGCAGCGCACAAUGUCGAUGCAGUAACCCUGAAAGACAGUAUUCUCAACGCAGUCCGGGCUAAAAUGAUGGACAUAAUUUCAUUGGGCUCCCUGGAAGCAGCGCAAACGUGCAUUUUGCUUGGCACAUACUAUCUCUAUCAUGGGGACCCCGGGCUAGCCUGGCCGAUCUGUGGCUGUGGGCUACGAAUUGCACAAGCUCUGAAUCUGCAUCGCAAGAUAGACAUGACCACAUCAGGUCUUGCAUCAAUGUCGUUGGAGAUGCGUCACCGAUACGAAACGCGGAAGCGUUGUUGGUGGGCUAUUUAUGAGAUUGAGACGUUCUGCUCAAUGUCUUAUGGAUACCCUCAGGCCAUCAGGGAUGUUGAUUGCGAUGUCCACUUACUGGAACCUCUACCUGUUGGAGAAUUACCUGCUUCAGUCAACACAAGAAGUCAGGAUCGAGUCAGCCUUCUUUCAUACAAGUACUUGAUGUCCAAGCUGUCGAUCCUCACCAAAACCAUAUUGAAUGAGAUGUAUGGAGCAAACUCCAAUACACCGCACAGGCAAGAUCAGCCAUGCAGGUUUUCAGGUUGUGUUUCUACACAGCAUCAUCUAGCCCACAUGGCGUCUCACUUUGAUGCUCAGUUACAUGAGUGGAAAAAGGAGAUUCCUCCACAGCUUCACCUCAAUAAUCCUGAGACCACAUCGAUCGGAUAUGCCUCCAUAGAUGAAAUGGACCGAGAUAUUGGAGCAUCGGGGCCGAAAUUCGAGAAUUAUAUCUACCAACUCCAAGCCCUUGCCCUUGAGAUCGCAUACGAAAAUGCAAAGAUUCUGGUCCAUCGCCCUCUUCUGGAAUACAAACGAAUACCCAAAAACCACACUGGGUCUUUAUACCAAACACUAGGCCCAUGUCGAGAUGCUGCUCUCAAAAUAUCGGAGAUUGGCUCAGCAUCGAUCUUCUCGUUGGCAGCAGAUACAUAUGCAGCCGCAUUCAUUGGCAUCCACACCUUUACUGCAGGUGUCACCCUUUGUAUACUGGCAAGCAUUGAGCCAUUGACACUAGAGUCACACAAGUCAAAGAUGGGAUUGCAUCGAUUGUUGGGUAUGCAACGGACCCUGGCACCAAAGUCGCAGCUAGCUGCCCAGGGGCUGGCAAUUCUUGAGCGGUUGACCAAGUUGGUGAUGGAAAAGGAACUGAAACAGAUGCUUGCACGAAACGAUGGCCAAGCAGCCUUUGAAUCUGCCCCAAGAGAAGAGAGCCAAAACCUAAGUGACGUGUCAGUCAACGACUUCGCCAACUUUGAUUUCAUGGAAGAUCCAACAAUAUCACAGGCUUUGUCUGACUUUGAUAAAGCGAUCUCUGGCCGUAUUUCCCCAGCAACUGAUGCAGUGACUGAUGACCUCGAGAGACAGCUCUUCCCUGAACUUUGGGACACAACUAAUAGAUUUGCGGAGCAGCAGGCGUGGAUAUGGGGUGGUGACUGUCUAGCUCAUUUUCCGGCCUUUGCCGAGUCUUGA